CAGCUGUAGUCCUGACGGGAAGGUCUUUUUGUUUGGGCCGCUCAGAGACUUGACAUUUGCUUCACUUCCCCUGGUUCACAACCGUUUUUUAUCUGCAUUAAUUUCGGUGUCUUUUAUGAAUAAUCAAAAGCAGCAAAAGCCAACGCUAACCGGCCAGCGUUUCAAAACGAGGAAAAGAGAUGAAAAGGAGAGAUUUGACCCUACUCAGUUUCAAGAAAGUAUCGUACAAGGCUUGAAUCAAACUGGCACUGAUUUGGAGGCGGUCGCAAAGUUCCUUGAUGCCUCUGGCGCCAAACUCGACUACCGCCGGUAUGCAGAGACGCUCUUCGACAUCCUGGUGGCCGGCGGCAUGCUGGCACCAGGCGGGACGCUGUCUGACGACUUGACCCGUACCGAGUUCUGCCUCUUUACGGCGCAGGAAGACCUGGAGACCAUGCAAGCAUAUGCUCAGGUUUUUAACAAGCUGAUCAGGCGCUACAAGUACCUGGAGAAGGGCUUCGAGGAGGAGAUCAAGAAGCUGCUGCUGUUUCUAAAGGGGUUCACUGAGUCUGAGCGCAACAAGCUGGCCAUGCUGACCGGCAUCCUGCUGGCCAACGGCAGCAUAUCCGCCUCCAUCCUGACCAGCCUCUACAACGAGAACCUCGUCAAAGAGGGAGUUUCUGCAGCUUUUGCUGUCAAGCUGUUCAAGUCGUGGAUCAACGAGAAGGACAUCAACUCUGUUGCUGGCAGUCUGCGCAAAGUCGGCAUGGACAACAGGCUGAUGGAACUCUUUCCUGCCAACAAACGGAGCUGUGAGCAUUUUUCUAAGUACUUCACCGAUGCCGGGCUGAAGGAGUUGUCCGACUUCGCCCGCAACCAGCAAUCGAUCGGCGCCCGCAAGGAGCUGCAGAAGGAGCUCCAGGAAAUGAUGUUGCGUGGAGACCCUCAGAAAGAGAUCAUCGCCUUCACCAGGGAGGAGAUGAAGAAGGCCGGCCUGUCAGAGCAGGGCAUGAUCGGCAUCAUCUGGACCAGUGUGAUGAGCUGCGUGGAGUGGAACAAGAAGGAAGAGCUGGUGACCGAACAAGCCAUCAAACACUUGAAGCAAUACAGCCCUCUGCUGAAAGCCUUCAGCUCCCAAGGUCUGUCUGAGCUCAGCCUGCUGCUGAAGAUCCAGGAGUACUGCUACGACAACAUCCACUUCAUGAAGGCGUUUCAGAAGAUCGUGGUGCUCCUCUACAAAGCUGACGUUUUGAGCGAAGAGGCCAUACUGAAGUGGUACUCUGAAGCCCACGUCGCCAAGGGGAAGAGCAUUUUCCUCGAGCAGAUGAAGAAAUUCGUCGAGUGGCUGAAGAACGCCGAGGAAGAGUCUGAAUCUGAUGAAGAGGAGGCAGACUGAAACCUUCAUCACCAGACGAGCUUUUCCAGUUUUUUUUUUUUUUUUUUUUUUUGUUCCGUUUUGUUUUGUAGCAGCAGGAGCAGUAGAAUGUCUUGGCCCUUCCUCUUCUACCUCCUGUUACU